AUGCGUCACCCCGCAGCACCCACCAUAAUCGCCGUCCUGCUUGGUUUCCUUUUCUUCAUGGUCGUCUGGAGCCGAGUGCGUGCCGAUGACCAUCACGAGGGAAAUCCUCAUCCAGACGAUAUUCCACGGAAAAAGGAGAAAGAGGAGGUCAAUCUUGUCGGCGAUGAAGUCAGUACAGAAGAAGUUGAUCAAAGAAUCUGA